CUGAUCCGAGUGAUGUCAUACUGGAUAUGACCGCAACCAUGGCAACAAGUGAGAUUGAAGGAAAUUUAACGAAUGAUCUUAAUUCGAUGAACUUCGACGUCAGUAUCCCGAUAUCGUUUACCAUCGUGAUCGUUCUCUUAAUGAUCGUAGUCAUUAUUGGUGUUCUUGGUAACUUGAUGGUUAUCGUCAUCGUGUUCAAAGAUUCUGCGAUGCGAACAACUCCAAAUGCCAUGGUAGCAUCCCUAGCAGUUGCAGAUCUGCUCGUUCUUCUAAUGUCCGUGCCCUACAAAAUCAUUUUUCUCUUCACUCAGACUUGGCCUUUUGGACAUAUCUGGUGUAAGAUUGUUCAUCACCUAGCCAUUUCUUGCGGGUUGGUGUCUGUUUAUUCUCUUGUAGCCCUCAGCGCAGACAGGUACCAUGCUAUUGUGCGUCCAACGAGUUACAUCGGCACAAGGAGUGCCUGCAAGUUGUCUUGCCUGGUUGGAUCUCUAUGGGUUAUCUCCAUUGCUCUGGGAAUCCCCAAUUUUAUUUAUGCCCGCAAAGUACCUACGCUGCAUCCACAAAUCAGUUUCUGCUUCAUUGAUAUGGGUGAAUACAAGGAAGCCUAUACAAUCACGUUUUGCAUUCUGAUGUUUGUGUUUCCUCUCGUUCUUAUCAGUAUCUACUACUCUAUGGUUUCAUGGCGUCUCCUAAGGAGUGCCUGGGCUAUUCCAGGCGAUGCCAAUGAGAAGCGCCCUCAACUGCGCUCCAGAAGGCGCUUAGCCGUGGUUGUCCUCGCUAUUGUCGUACUUUUUGCCGUACUCUGGUUCCCGCACAUCUGCAUCCGACUCUUCUUGCAGUUCCACCCUGAUCCUCAUACCCUUCAAGGAUUGGCUGACGCUAAACUCUUUUCUGAAGUUAUCAAGUAUCUCAACCCUUGUAUCAACCCCUACAUUCUCUGCUUCAUAAGCUCAACCUACCGGAAGCAUUUUCGUCGCACCUUUUGUUGGUUGUGUAGUAGGAAAAGGCGUUUCGAUCGCGCGCGUUCUCUCACGCUCUCGUCCAAAGGGUCGUCGACCCGCACGAAAUUUACGGAGUUUUUGCCUAUGUAAUAAUGGUUUACCGGAAAGGACGCGCCUAACUCGGAUAAACAUAAAAAGAAACUGAAUGAAACCUACUGUGACAUACCAGAAUGAUAAAAGAAAAUGAACAUGUAUACUGAAGAAAGUAAUUGAAUAUCUCAAAUAAACUGCACCUCAACAGGAGGGUGACUUACCGAUUGAAGCAAC